CCUCCAUCAGGUGUCAAACUAUAGUUGGGCAUUCUUAAUCAAGUACUCUACUGGCAUCAUGAUGAUCGCAACUCUCUACGGUGAUAUUCGCCUUUUGUCGUCCACGUAGCGUGGCGCAGCCUCAGCCUUCACAAGGCUAUUAUGAUAAUCUUCUAGUCCAGGUUAUCUUGCCUGAAAGACCCACAUCUUUGCUGAGUGUCUCAGCCAAAGCACUGUCUAUGUCCAGUUGAAGAGCUUUCACAAUGGUUUCCUGGAAAAGAAAGAGAAACAAGAGCGCAGUGCGAAGGUUUCCAGACGCCUCUGUCAUCACUGUGUUUCCCGCUUGCUGUCAGUCGAUGUCACGAGUUAAUCCGAGUAUGUUAUGGUACAGGGCAUGGUUGAAUCGGCGAGCCGCACAGCUACCACUGGAUCUCUUGACAGCUCUACCCAAUCUUGCGGAGAUUAAUGGAUUGAUAGAAGGCUCUAGCUUACUUCGAGUGUACCUUGGAAUUGCACGAAUAAUGAAAGAAGGUAAAGCUACCAAGGUUGAUGAUAUUGUGACACAACUGCAGUCAUCCCAUCUAUUCCGCGUGAUACCUGUGGAGCAGACCUGCUUUCAGCGUGUGCUUGUCUUCAUUAUGUUAGGAUGGCAGACAAUGCUAUGGGAGCCAACAUGGGACGCAGCCUACCCUACACAGAUGACAGUUGCACAGCCAAUGGAUGGUUAUGAGGGACAAACCUUUAUGGCGUCUACCCAAGAUCAUCGAUGUGCGCGGCUCCCAAUGCAUGAAUUCCUCCUCGGUUUCGGCUAUCUGCUCCCAACAAGGAAUAUAAUCCAACAGAAAACUGAGAGCUUUACAACAGUUCAUGUCAAACAGUUCAACAUGUCCCUGCUUGCAGCAAUAGGAGGAAUUGAAAUCCGGUGGGUAGACAUACUGAGCUCCCAUCUCGAGUUUGACAGCCGUACAAAAACCUUGUUUCUUUUUAGGUAUCCCUCUUUCUGUGCAGCAAACCUAGAGAGAGACUUACUGGGCAAGAAAUGGCAGCGAGGAGUUAUACAUGGGUGCACCGCCCCAGCAGGCGAUCCCACAAAUUGGGCUACAAGCGAAGAUGUGACAAGCUUUCUAUGCGAGGUCCUACUGUCAUACCGCUUGCUCUUUGGCCUUUCGGCCAGGGGCCGACAAUUCUACCGAUCACUUCGCCCCUUUAGUGAUCUUCCACCAGACCAACAUGAUCCUCUUCUCGGAGAAUUAUGCGGCCGCCGCACUCUGGCAACAGUGUCCAUCGAACAUCUUGACGAUCUGUUCAGCCUUGCUUCUGAUUUCCCAAUUCUCCACAGCCGAUUCGAAACCCUCCAGAAACACCUUGCAGGUCAAAAGGCGCGAAGUCUGUCACAACUGUGGCGGGACAAGCGAAGUACAGAAGCAUGGUAUACGUUCUGGGCUGUUGUGCUUAUCGGAGGGAUAGGAUUGUUUCUGUCCUUCAUCCAGACCGUGCUCCAAAUCGUGCAGGUCCUAUAUAGUAUUCCAUAGAACUAGAAGGACAAGUCUGUAGAAGAGAGGAAGGGGGUCUUUCGUUUCUUUCCUAGAAGAUCUAACAGACCGGUUUAGUUUACUUAAAGAAACGAAUACAUCCUGUUCUCUUGUAUGACGUACUAGAGAGAGUCGUAUCCAAGCAUAACUGAUCUGCAGGGGUCAUCCGCGAGCUAUGCAAC